AUGGGUGAAGGCAACGUUGCGGUGGAAGAUGAUGCUAUUAGGCUGUUGGUCGAAGGAGACCCAUCGAUAAAGGUGAAGUCUGUUAUUGCAGAAGUUCAAUCCAAGUUCAACUACACUGUAACUUACCACAAGGCUUGGUUGGGAAAGCAGAAAUCUGUAGCAAAAAUUUUCGGUGAUUGGGAAGUUUCUUACCAAAUUCUGCCAGUAUGGUUGAAAACAAUGAUUGCGAAGAUGCUAAGGUCUCGCAUUCAAAUCAAAAUGCUUCCCGUUUACCGUGAGAGUGAGGAGGUUCAAGGUGUUGAUGGCACACACCUGUACAAAAAAUAUAAAUGUGCACUUCUAGUGGCGGUUGCACAAGAUGAAAAUCAAAACAUUGUGCCUAUUGCGUUUGCGAUAGUCGAGGAUGAGACGGCAGAUGCGUGGGAGUUUUUUCUAAACAAUUUGCGGAAAUAUGUUGUUACCCUUGAUGGCGUCGGCAUCAUUUCUAACCGCCAUAACUCCAUCGACGCAGCAAUAGCUCGCAGUAACAGUGCAUGGUCAUCACCAAGAGCGUGGCACAUGUUCUGCAUCAGGCACAUCGGGUCCAAUUUCUUAAGGAGGUUCAAGGCUCCGUAUUUGCAUAAGCUCGUGGUUAACAUAUGCUAUUCUAGGAGGGAACAGAAGUACAACAAAAACUACCAAAGGCUUAAAGAGCGGGGUGAGGCAUAUACUCAAUGGUGCGAUGAGAUUGGUGUUCAAAAAUGGGUGUUGGCAUUUGACGGAGGUCAUCGUUGGGGACAUAUGACGACAAACUUGGUAGAGUGCAUUAAUUCUGUCCUAAAGGGUGCAGGCAACCUCCCUGUGACUGCCAAUGUUAGGUCUACCUUCUAUCGGCUAAAUGAAUUGUUCACUCGGAAGAGUGUCGAGGCUCAUGAGCAUAUACGCAAUGAAUUCACGUAUUCAGAAUUUGCCACGAAAAGAGUUGAAGAAAGUUUUCGACGUGCAGGAAACAUUGUGGUCAAUUUGUUCGGCAGGCGCAACGAGAUAUUUGAGAUUGCGAACUGCAAGAUGGUCGAGCGACUCCCAUGCCGCCACGUCCUCGCAUGUUGCGCUAACCAGCAUCUUGAUUGGCAAGUAUAUGUGCAUGACGUGUACAAGAUGUCUGAAAUUUGCAAGGUCUACAGAAGUGAGUUUGUCCCGAUGGGUGACCCAUCUACGUGGGCUUCGUAUGAAGGAGCGAAGGUGAUCGCGAAUUGGACGUUGAGGAGUGCGACCAAAAGAAGACCCAAAUCAACUCGCUGCUUGAAUGAGAUGGAAUCGCGGAUAUGCGUGGUUCUCGCGAGUGUACUAUAUGUGGACAGGAGGGACAUAGCCGAAAUCGAUGUCCCCAGCGCGCAGGUCCAAUCUCCGCUGAGGGUCAAUCUUGAUUAA